GACUGUUUUAAACAGACUUGUUGUUUCAAAUGCAAUUUAAGAUAAUCAUGAAGAGGAAAAAAGGAAAUAAGUUUAAGACUUCCUUUAAAUUGAAACAAAAGGGUAUCAAAGUAGUCGGAAAAUGGAAACCCAUAGAAAUUGACCCAGAUCUGUUUGCUGAUGAGAAGCUUGGCGAUUUAGUGUGUUUUGAGGAGCUUACAGAUUAUAAAUUGGUGAAUUCUUCUAAAGUUGGAAAAGAAAAAGUAAAGAGAAAAUCUGAUAGUGUCUCUGUAGAGGAGGAAGAAGAUUCUCCCAUCCAGAAAAAAAAGAGAAAGAAGGACAAAGAUCAGGGAGUCAGAGCAAGUAAGAAUCAUAACCUUAAAGUGGAGGAAGAUGAAACAGUAAUUGAUCAAGAGGACAAACCUAAAGACACUAUCAUAUUGUUUGGUUCUGAGGAAGAUGAAUGUGAAUCUGGAAAUACCACAAUUACAGAAAAAAUACCGAAGAAAAAGAAAAAAAAGAAACUGAAAAAGAAAGUACUUUCACCUGAAAGAGCUCCUCUACCAGCAAAAUCCUCUAAAAAGAUUAAAAAUUGGACUAUGGAAGUUCUGUCUGCCUCAUCUGCUCAAAAAGCAGAUGUGUCUGCGUGGAAAGACCUCUUUGUUCCGAAACCAGUUCUGCAGGCCUUGAGCUGUCUCGGAUUUAGUGCUCCUACUCCUAUUCAAGCGUUAGCCCUGCCUUCUGCAAUCAGAGAUAAUAUGGAUGUUCUUGGUGCUGCAGAAACAGGAAGUGGAAAAACACUCGCAUUUGCAAUUCCAAUGAUCCAUUCUGUGCUGCGGUGGCAAGAAUCAAAAAGCAGAAGUGACCAGGCUACUAAAGAGGCUCACUAUGAUGACGAAGACAAACCAGGAUGGGAAAGUGAUAAAGAAACAACCCCUAAGCAUUUCAGUAAUAAUGUAGAUGAAUCUAGCAUAACAGACUGCAUGAAGGUGCUGGAAAACGUAGAAUUUGAUUUUGGUGCCAACAAAUGUGCUGCUGACUGGAAUGAAAGCAGGCCUCUUUUGGGGCUGGUUCUGACUCCCACAAGGGAACUAGCUGUACAAGUAAAACAUCAUAUUGAUGCCGUGGCCAAAUUUACAGGAAUUAAAACUGCAAUUCUAGUCGGUGGUAUGGCUGCUCAGAAACAGGAACGAGUAUUGAAUCAGAAGCCAGAAAUUGUAAUUGCAACCCCAGGUCGUCUGUGGGAGUUAAUUAAGGAGAAGCACCCUCAUCUCUCAAAUCUCCGCCAGCUCAGGUGCCUCGUGAUUGAUGAAGCAGACCGAAUGGUUGAAAGGGGACAUUUCUUAGAACUCUCUCAGUUGCUGGAAAUGUUAAAUGAUUCACAAUAUAAUCCUCAACGUCAGACUUUUGUGUUUUCUGCCACGCUGACUUUGGUCCAUCAGGCUCCCACAAGAGUUUUACAAAAGAAAUAUGCUAAAAAAAUAGACCAGAAGACCAAACUGGAAAUGCUAAUGGACAAAGUGGGGAUAAGAGGCAAACCUAAAGUGAUAGACUUAACAAGAAAAGAGGCCACUGUAGAGACUCUGACUGAAACCAGGAUCCACUGUGACACAGAUGAUAAAGACUAUUACCUCUAUUAUUUUUUGCUUCAGUACCCAGGAAGAACCAUGGUCUUUGCAAACAGCAUAGACUGCAUAAAGCGCCUUAGCGCACUCCUCACAAUCCUGGAUUGUAACCCCCUGCCUCUGCAUGCAAACAUGCACCAGAAGCAAAGGCUAAAAAACUUGGAAAGGUUUGCUGAGCGAGAGAACUGUGUCCUUUUGACAACAGAUGUUGCAGCUCGUGGUCUGGAUAUUCCGAAUGUGCAGCAUGUCAUCCAUUACCAGGUUCCACGCACUUCAGAGAUUUAUGUGCAUAGAAGUGGCAGAACAGCUCGAGCAGCCAACGAAGGCCUUAGCUUACUGUUGAUUGGCCCUGAUGACGUGUUAAAUUUUAAAAAGAUUUAUAAGACAUUAGAGAAGAACGAAGAGCUUCCAUUUUUUCCAGUUGAAACAAAAUUCAUGUUUGCUAUCAAGGAGCGGGUGAAUUUAGCAAGGCAGAUUGAGAAGGUGGAAUAUUACAACAGCCGGGCAAAACAGCACAACUCUUGGUUCCAGCAAGCUGCAGAGGCUCUUGAAAUUGACCUUGAUGACGACGAUCUUAUAGGAGGACGAUCAAAUGAGCAAGAAGAGAGUCAGAAGCAAAAGAUGCUGAAGGGAAUGAAAAAGCAGCUGAAACAUUUGCUAUCACAACCAACAUUUAAAGUCCUUAUGAAGACCAAAUAUCCAACACAGUCUGGAAAGCUACUCCUCCCUCCUUCACCAGUGAGCAACUCAGAAUCUGCUCUGAGCACUGUCUCUAAACAACAAGCAAAGAGGAAGAAGAAGAAAAAGAAAUUAAUUACAGAUGACUUAGAUAACUGAUUGGUAAUACCUUGUGGUGUGGGAGAGGAGCCAUUUUUUCCUUAGAAGUGGAUUACGUUCCCCAGUGAUGCAGAACAAAAACACCUAGUAUCAUGUGGGAGGACAUUCUAGACAAACAGCUCCUACCUAUUGUUGGCUGCAUUGGCAUGCUCUGGAAAGUUAAGCUAAAUGGCAUUGGUAACAUGAGAACUAUCGCUAGUUAAUUUGUCUUGACUGUCAGGAAUUGUUUGCUGUAUUCAACCUUUUCCUUCUAGUUUGCUAAUGAAAGAUCAGCUUUGUAAAAAGUUUGAGUCAGUGUUUACCUACCUUCAUAAACAAAGCUACUGGGCUAAACACAUCCCAGGUGUAAUAGCAUUGACUUCAAUGAUUUUAAAAGAGCAGGGGGAGACUGGAAGGAGGUUUCUUGCUGUGGAUCUCUGCCGUUGCUAAAAUAGACCUGCUGUGAAGUUCACCUUUUGCAAGUGCCAGUGCAGUAAGAUAGGAAGAAAAAUAAUAUUGCUAUGCUGCCCAUUACCCAACAGCUCUGGUUAACAGAAUGAGUCCCAUAUUAUUGUCUCCUUAGUGUUUCUCUAUGGAGAUUUAAUUUCUCACUUCUCUCUUCUCAGUGUAAUUUCACUAGUCUCUGUUGACAUGUUAUAUAUAAUGUGCUACUGAGUUGGAAUGGCAAUGUGCUGGAACCUAUUUUGUAGGAGUUCUAAUCUAGACUUUGGUGUUCAAUCGCUUUAAAGGCAUGUCAGCACCAUGGCCCUUAUUUUUGUGAAAAUGAGAAUGUCAUGGAAGAAACUGGCACUGAAGUGCACAUAUCAAUAAAACAAUACUGUGCUUUUAACAACAUUCAAAUCUGACUAUUGGAAAUAAUCUACUAUGUAUUUUAGAGAGUUUGUGCAUCUAUCUGUCGGAGUCUGUUUGUUCAAGAACUCCUCCUAAAUGGUAAGUGCUAGGACCACCAAAUUUGGUUUGCAGCUUCCUCUUAUCAUAACUGAAAGCAAGUCAGGGUUUGGUUGUGCUAAGAUAAUAGAAUGUGCAUAGAAUGCAAUUGUUUCACAUCAAAUGGCAAUGGAGGGGUGUGAUAGUGGGGACAGUGUAUUGGGAAAUCUGUCCCUUUUACCUCCCUAUCAAAACAUUUUGAAAUUCAUUUUUAAUCUGCUCAUAAUUAUAGCCCAUAUACUGUAUAUUAUACUUGCUCUUGAAAGCAAGUAUCACUGAAAUCCUUUUAUAGCUGGGCAAACUGUAGCACAGAAUGACCUGCCAAAGUUCACUUACCAUAUCAAUGGCAAAGCCAGAAUUAGCCCCCAGGUCUCCUGAGGUCUGGUCUGGUGCCCCAUCCAUUAGGCGACACUGUCUCGGGUAUUUUUUUUUUUUUAAAGUGUGAGCAAACCCUGACAAUCUGAACUGGCAGAAGAGUUAAUCAAAUGCUAUUCUCAAUGCUGGACAUGUUCCUGCCUCAAAAUCCUUGACACUAUUGAAAGCAGUAAGUAAACCUAUGCAGAGCAGUUUGCUUCUGCAACAUUAGAAAAAAAUGUGGGAAAUAAAUACUGGUAGGAAGUUCUUUCAUGCUUUUUAAGGCAAACAAGGAAUCUCUCAGCAUUUCAAGUAAAUACCUGCAUACAGAAUCUCAAAAUAGCAGGAAUAUAAAGACUUGUCCCUAUUUUUGCCAGAGACUUAGAAACUUUCAACCUUUAAUUGAAAAUAGGUAAGGAUGCUGAAUCUUUAACAUACUUUUCUCCUGCUUCUCAAGAGUUAGUUAAAUGGGUGUGAACAAAAGAUCUUUUCCUCACAGUUACUCAGCUUUCAGUCUCUUGGAGUGGGGGAGGGGGUGAAUUUUAUAACCAGAGCAGGGCAAAUUUUCAGACUACUAAACAUUUCAUAUAUUUGUGUUGGGUUGGUUAAAUUGAUAGUAUAAAGAAUUCUAAAGUACAUUUGUAGUUGACAUUUUUUAAAUGGAAGUUUCUAUUUGUUUGAAACAAUUUCAAAGUUUCCUUGCAUUUUUUAUACUUUCUAAUGUUUGUUAAAACAUUCUAUGUUGGUCAAACAAAGUUAAAGCAGUACAGAGUUUUUCUUCUGUUUCUUUUACAAAUGUUCUUGUCAUUAACAAGUUUUGGAAAAAUUUCACCGUGAUUUGAUAAAAAAAAAAAUUGUUGCUA